UGUGCGUAUUUAAGGAGACUUCCUUCAAAGAAUUGUUGAUGGCUUGACUCGCCCAAAAGAAAGCACUUCUAUUGUGAUUUUUACAGAACCUACGCUAGUGUUCCAAGGGAUAAGUACAGUUUAAUUCAUAGGAAAGUUCUUUGUCAAAAACUUUUGUAGGGAAGCCCUUCAAAGCGGAAACAUUCACGUGGAUGCUUCCUCUUUUCAUCAAAACAUGCCGGGAAUUGUUGUGUUUAGGCGUCGCUGGAUGGUCGCAAGCGAUGAUUUUGUUAUUCCGUUUGGAAUUGCUCUCGUUCUUAGAGGAAUAUGGAUGAUCAUAUUGUCAAUAGCUGUUGGUAUCUAUCAUGGGUUUUAUCACCUGCACCAAGCUGACCAAGAAGACAAGCAUAUUUGUGAACAGACGCUAGAUUAUUUUAUGGGAGGCUACUUAGCCAUUCUUUUUGCAACAAAUAUUAUGGAAUUUUCUGUUGCUUGGAUGAGUGGAAAGGGGUCCAUAAUGGACACUGAGCCACGAAAUCUAAUACCACAACUUCUUUAUGUUCGUCUUGUCCUUGCUAUCUUGGAAGUCUUAUGGCUGUCGAUAGGAAUAAAAUGGAUAUUUCUUGAUGGUACAACAUGUGAAUUGACUCAUGAGAUAUACAUUUCAAGAGCAGUUGUCAUUUUCAACUGGCUGUUUUUAUUUACGGUUAUUAUUAUUAUAUAUUGUAUAUUUGACUCUGCCGGGAAAAUGUGGGUUAAUUUCAAUGAGGCACAGCUAACAGGAGAUGAUAUAGAUGCUUCAGUUAGCUAUGGUAACCACAUCAUGCGCAAAUAUGAAAAGCGUUGGGAAGGAUGCUUCAAGCGAUGUUUUUGUUGCUCAGGAGUUGGACAAGGAGAUGAUAAUGUCUUCACCUUUAUUGGAAGGAAUCUUGCAGAAUAUUUUCAAGAUUUGGAUGUUGUUCCAUCAGACUUUGCAGCUGGACUUGUUUUGCUACGAAAGUAUCAGAAGCAACAAGAACACUAUGCCCUAAUGGAGGCAAUUGAGCAACAGCAAGUUCUAGAUUCUCAGAAAGGUGUCAAAAAGUCAUCACUUCGCUUUCAAAGAACAAACACCUCAAGAGCACUGAACCUCAAAAACAAGAAAGAACUGCUUCUAUUCAAGGAUGUUGUAUACUACAUGAACUAUGCACUGUCUGCUUAUGGUUGGCCAAUUUACAUGAAGAACAAUGUAGCUUGUGGAUGUUGCAAGCUCUUAAAAAGUUUCAGGUGUUGCUAUCCAUGUCGUCAUCCAGACCCCAGGUCACAAAAGUUUGUUGACAUUGAAAGUGACAAUUGCUGCCGAUGUAACUACUCAGCACUCAAGAGGAUUGCCAGCAUUCACAACAAGGAUGUCAUUUAUGUCAGCUAUCACAACAAACUAUUUGAAACACCUUUUUUUGUGAGUGUGGAUCAUGUUAAAAAAGCUGUUGUAGUCACAAUCAGGGGAACCUUGUCACUUCAGGAUAUUCUUACAGAUUUCUCUGUUGAGCCAGAAGUAAUACCCUUAGUCAAUGGAGAUCCAACUUGGUUUGGACACAAGGGCAUGAUAAGAGCUGCCGUAUAUCUCAAGAAAAAACUGGAGAGUGGCUAUUUAGCUCAAGCUUUUCAUUCUGAUCCGGUAUACAGUUUUAGUUAUUGGUUUUAUUUAAUUAACAGUGGACUAAGGGAUACACUUGGUCGCCGUUUCAGCCUGCCGGCGGCAAGGUAUGUCCGUGAUUUUGUCAUCUCAGUCGUCAUUGGGAAAGAUAUGAUUCCAAGGUUGAGUCUUUACACUAUGGAGGAUCUUCGGAACAAGAUUAUGGCCGUGAUAAAAUAUUCCACCACUCCAAAGUGGAAGAUUUUACGUGGAUGCGUGUGCCGUUGUGCAUUCGUGUGCUGUUAUGGGUGCAAGUGUGUCAACUGUGAUGCUCAGCUACGAGAUAGUGAGGCAGACUGGGAACACUUUCAGUUGCCUAACAACAAGAAUUCCCAGACACCUCCAUUCUUUCCACCUGGGAAAGUUAUUCAUGUGGUCAAAACUGUGUCUGUUCCAGGCCGAUGCGGUCGGAAGGGGACCAUAUUCGAGCCGGUUUGGGCUGACUUACAGGACUUCCAGACAAUUCAAAUCUCAGGCCUUAUGUGGGAGGACCACAUGCCGGACUUUGUUCUAAAGGCGCUGAAUCAGUGUCUUCCUUCCAAGGAGCAAGAAGAGAAUGUUCUUUCAGCCCCAGAUCCAUCAUUUCCUAACGUACUAGAGGUUCCUUUGUCACCAUUUGUGGAGCCUAAUCACUUCCAUAAGCAAAAUAAUCACAUUGCGUCAAGAUCACUUCAAGAAGCGAACGCAGUCUAUGAUACAGAUGACGAAGUACUCGCGAGAGUUAUUUCUGCUGACUCUUUAGCUUCAGAGCUGAAUCAUCCUUUAUGGCGGGUAUCUGCGCUGUCUUCAGAGUCACGUAGAGCACCGAUUGCGCGCCCGGAAAGCGGCUUUGAGGAUUCCGAUUUAGAGGAAAGUGCACCGUCUUCACGUGUUUCCGCAACCUGGGCUAGUUACACACUUCCUUCUGUUAAGCAAAGCACCGAUAACGUUGUCAUUGACAGUCAUCCGCGUCCUCGUGCGAGCACAGACCUUUCUGAAUCACCAACCUCAGAAAGAUUCUCAAAACUUCAAAACGAUACAAGAAACGCUACUUCUUCUGGUUCGAUUCCGACAAAUGUUUCUUGUACGCCCCGAUCAAAUGGGGUUCCACCUCCUAAACCUCCACGAACAUUCGAGACAGAAAGGUCCGAGGGUAGGCAGAGUUUCAGAUACAAACCGCCGCCGAAGCCGCCGCGAACUUACGAGUACGAGUCUCAAAUUCAAGCGAACUUUUCUUCAUCUUUGUGCUGGAAUUUUCCUCGUCCACGAGCACAACGGUAUCAGACUCAGUUUUCGUCUCCAGAUCUCGACGGAAGUAAUCUUUCCUCUGACUCGUUGGACGGAGCAGAAUCUGGGGAAGUACUGCCUCCUUAUAGUCCACAUCGAAACCGUAGACAAGAUGAGUUUACUUUUCGGGUAAUCAACGACCAUGUGAACGGUGACCUCAGACUCGAAAAAGAAAAUUCUUCUUUCUCUAAACAAAAUUGCCAUUUAAAUGGAGAGGUUGCCCGAAGACCGAAGGCACGGUCGAUUGAAUCAUCGGGCCCCGAGUCUCGGUUUUCGGUUUCGGAUUCGGGCCUUCAUAUUUCACAAGAAGAGGAAUUCUUGCUAGGAUCCGUCAAACCGCGCGGGGGAAGGCGAAAAAGAAAGCCGAUUAAACAAGCCGCUUCAGAGAUACUCCAGCACUCAUGCCCUAGCGCAGACCAGCCUCUGAUUACGCGAAGAACUGAUGCAAACUUUUUGGAGACCACGUUAUAACACAGCCGGAAGUUAUGGUGAUUUGUGAGGUGUAAACCCUUAGUUUGCCCAUGGGGGAAGUCCCGUUUAUGUACCCUAGGUUUAGUUUUAUUGGAGAGAGUAGGCAACAAAAGUAGUGAAAUCUUUAAAUUCUUAUGACAAGUAGUACUAAAACAUACUGUUUGAUAUAAACCCAGCGGACAAGAGCUUAAACAAGGUUUGUAUUUUUACGUUUGUUUCACAACUUAGUGAGCUUCGUGACGGAACUCAGCCUGAAAGGCCUGGGUAGUUCUUUGAAUGGUCGUUACUAUGGUAAGUUACGUAGAACAGAGUGCCAGAAAAGGCCUGGGAAAUCCCUUUUUUUUUCUUUCUGAGGAAUUGAAUGCACAAGUUUCCUGGAAAUUUAGAAUUUUGAGAGAAAUCGUAAUUUAUACUCAAGACUUACGUGACACUGGCGAGUAAUGAUGCUUUGGGCUUAAAUUCCUUAUAAACAUGCUGAUGUAUUUCCCUUUUGAAAAAUUUAUCACAAUGGCAGCUCCUUGUCAACCAGCUUUUCUUAACUUUAACGCGUUACUUGCCUUCAUGAAAGCACUUUUAUUCAAUUGCUACGAACCGCACGAACCGCAAUAUUACUGCUCCAAUAAGGCAUUGUAAAAAGCGCGGGAAAACCCUUUCAGCCAGAUCACCCUUACUCUUUUUCCAUGAUCGGUUGUAAAAAUGAUCAAAGUAAUUUUAAUCGAUGAAAUCAAGCAACAUGCAAUCUUUCUAGCUAGUUAGAGAUGUCGAAGUAAUAUUGUCUACGUCUUGUAGGCUCAACGGCUCUGAGCCUUUUAUUUAACAAGUGUUAUUUAUUACAGAUGUACCUACUAUGUAUUGAAACUUUAUGAGAAAAACCAAGAUAUACAUAAUAUAUAAUUUAUAGUGGUGUUCAAUUCUAAAGAUAUGUGCUAUGAAUAUUCAUUUUUGUUUUAAAGCGUUUUUAUUCGGAAGGUUUUACAGCAGCAUUGUUCGUAACUUAAUAAUUUAUUUGUUUGUUUUUUAUUUUUGCUUUUGCUAUUAUAACUGAAUCUUUUUUUGGAAAUGUUUCCACAGUAUUUAUUCCAUACUGUGCUUUAACUCGAUAAUAUAUGGGUAAAAAAUAUGAUUGAUUGAUACAGAUAUUAGAAGUAGUAAAUUGAUAGUUAUUGCAUUGCAUGCAAAAAAGAUGAUUAGAAAAAUUAUUAGAAAUAAAUUUGAAUUACGAGGA